AUGCUGAGUGACUCAUCACCUCUGGAAGGUGGAUCAGUAUGGAUGCACUGUGGUCUGGAGAAUGGCACAGAACCCAUACACUAUAUCUGGGAACAGGAAAACCAUAGUGGACAGGUCAGCAUAUUGGCUGAGAGCAACAGCAGUCUGAUUAACAUUACUUUGGUGACCCGUAACCACACCGGCUGGUUCAGGUGCCUGGCCAGUAAUGAUGUCAAUCAGCAGCACAGUGACCAGAUCUGGUUGGAUGUCAUAUAUGGUCCCGACUUGCCUCAGAUACAUGCCACUGGCUACUCUGUCACUGAGAUGGGAUUCUCAGUCCUUGAGAAAGGCAAUAUCUCCCUUAUGUGUGAAGCGUCCUCUAACCCCCCCAGUCAAUAUGUCUGGUACUACAACAACUCCCAGGUCUACACUGGACCACAGCUUACCAUCACCAAGAUCAUCAGAAUGCACUCAGGGAACUAUACCUGUCUGGCCCAGAACACUAAUCUGAACACUCUCUCCAAUAAAACUAUCACACUUACCAUUUACUAUCCACCAGAUGGUUUUCCAUCAUGUACCAUGUUCCCAGCCAAUAACUACUCUGAUCUGGCUCUCUUUUGUUCCUGGGAUGGAGGUUACCCUCCACCUAUCUUGAACUGGAGUCCAUAUGUGAAUGUGAAUGGAGACAACAGGGAGGCUAUUACUUAUAUCACUUGGAUUCAGCCAGGGUCUGACACGGCCAACAAUUCCGUAUUCACCUGCUAUGGCUCACACGUUGCACUAAACAGCACCCAAAGCUGCAGCACUAGGACAUGGCUGCCCUAUGGAGAACCCAGGUGUUCUGCAAAUUCCAGUCAUAAUAAUGAGUACCUGAUGCUUACCUGCUCCUGGGAUGGUGGUUUUCCUCAGGCUCUGCUGUGGUGGGCCUCCAGUUCAGGGGACAUGCAGGGCACAUCCGAAUUAGACACCAGCACCCUGGUCCUGCGCUCCAAUGCUAACUACAGUGGCAAAACAUUUGUUUGUCAUGCCAAACAUCCACUGAGUAAUGAGAGCAAGCAAUGCAGUUUAAAAUUGGGUAAGACAUACUGA